GGACGCCCCUCUCUACCCUUUCUAUCUCUAGGUCUGCGGCCUUAUCGCCGCCCGCGGCUGAGGGAGAGUCGCUGAGGGACGUCGGCUGAGGGAUGCGAGGCGGAGCCCAUGGAGGAGCCCGACUACUUCGGAGGCAGCGCGGCGGAGUGGGGGGACGACACCGACGGAGGGGCGCAAGAUGAUGAAUAUGGAGAAGAAGAUGAUGCUGAAGUCCAACAGGAAUGUUUGCACAAAUUUUCCACCCGAGAUUAUAUCAUGGAGCCAUCCAUUUUUAAUUCUUUAAAGAGGUAUUUCCAAGCAGGUGGAUCUCCAGAAAAUGUGAUCCAGCUCUUAUCAGAGAACUAUACCGCAGUAGCUCAGACAGUAAAUUUGUUGGCCGAGUGGCUCAUUCAAACAGGUGUUGAGCCAAUUCAAGUCCAGGAGACGGUGGAAAACCACUUAAAAAGCUUGCUCAUUAAACACUUUGAUCCUCGAAAAGCAGAUUCCAUUUUCACGGAAGAAGGAGAGACUCCAGCAUGGCUUGAGCAAAUGAUAGCACACACGACAUGGAGGGAUCUCUUCUACAAAUUGGCGGAAGCUCAUCCAGACUGCCUCAUGUUGAACUUCACUGUCAAGCUUAUCUCUGAUGCUGGGUACCAAGGGGAGAUAACCAGUGUAUCAACAGCAUGCCAGCAGUUAGAAGUCUUUUCUCGAGUACUUCGUACCUCUCUGGCUACCAUCUUAGAUGGUGGGGAAGAAAACCUGGAGAAGAAUCUACCUGAGUUUGCUAAAAUGGUGUGCCAUGGCGAACACACAUACCUCUUUGCCCAAGCUAUAAUGUCCAUAUUAGCCCAAGAAGAGCAAGGUGGCUCUGCUGUGCGCAGGAUUGCUCAGGAAGUUCAGCGUUUUGCUCAUGAGAAGGGCCACGACGCUAGUCAGAUCACAUUAGCCCUGGGAACUGCUGCUUCCUACCCUCGUGCCUGCCAAGCCCUUGGCGCCAUGUUAUCGAAAGGAGCUCUGAACCCAGCAGAUAUCACAGUCCUCUUCAAGAUGUUCACAAGCAUGGAUCCUCCUCCAGUAGAACUGAUUAGAGUUCCUGCCUUCCUUGAUCUCUUCAUGCUGUCACUGUUCAAGCCUGGUGCUAAGAUCAAUCAGGACCAUAAACACAAAUACAUCCAUAUUUUGGCAUACGCAGCUAGCGUUGUGGAAACAUGGAAAAAGAACAAGAGAGUGAGCAUAAAUAAAGAUGAGCUCAAGUCCACCUCGAAAGCGGUUGAAACUGUUCACAAUCUUUGCUGCAAUGAGAAUAAAGGAGCUUCUGAACUUGUAGCAGAACUGAGUACCCUCUACCAGUGCAUCCGGUUUCCGGUAGUUGCCAUGGGGGUACUGAAAUGGGUCGACUGGACAGUGUCAGAGCCUCGAUAUUUCCAGCUUCAGACUGAUCAUACUCCAGUGCACUUGGCAUUAUUGGAUGAGAUCAGCACAUGCCAUCAGUUGCUUCAUCCUCUGGUGUUACAGCUUCUUGUCAAACUCUUUGAGACGGAGCAUUCUCAGCUUGAUGUCAUGGAGCAGUUGGAACUCAAAAAAACUCUUCUGGACAGGAUGGUGCACUUGCUGAGUCGUGGAUAUGUCCUUCCAGUGGUUGGCUAUAUUCGCAAGUGUCUCGAGAAGCUGGACACAGAUAUUUCUCUGAUCAGAUACUUUGUGACUGAGGUGCUGGAUGUGAUUGCUCCUCCAUAUACCUCUGACUUUGUGCAGCUUUUUCUUCCAAUCCUGGAGAAUGACAGCAUUGCAGGCACUAUUAAGACUGAAGGCGAGCAUGACCCUGUCACAGAAUUCAUAGCUCACUGUAAAUCGAAUUUCAUCAUGGUCAACUGAACCAGCGAAAAGGUACCAAGUACUGAUGUCAUGGAUGAUCCCCUGUGGGGUGAUACAAAUAGCAUCAAGCUAUGAAGAAAGAAGAGUUUGCCAAUUGGUGUUUGCGUUAAUUGGUUUCCAGAAUUUAGUUUUUCUUCUCUAGGAUGCCAGUCAUUUUCAUAACUUCAGCUAGCAUCUGAAGUGCAGCAUGAAAGAUGGAGUGUGCUCGCUUCUGACUCCUGUUAGAAGAUCUUUGGUGCUGGUCUAGCAGAAUAGAAUGAAUGUGAUGGAACAGCCAGCAGUGUUAUUCCUAGAGAUUUUUUUCUUGGGGGAUUCAUUCUUUCAGUGUACGAUUGACUACUUCCAAUAUGCAGGGCUGAUCCUGCGUCAUGAUUUUCAGCAGACUAUAAUUUCUGCAUCACCACUACCCUACACAGACAAGUAAUUUGUGUGACUGGGAAGGGGAUACAUGGAUAUCUCAUAUAUAUGUGUAUGAUUCUUGACAAUCCUGUAAACUGGGGUGACUGACAAGAUUUUUUAAUCUAAUAAUCAGAUUAUUAUGGGAUAAAGAAAUGUGUCUAUAUGUGCAUCUGUUAGUGAAGAGCAUGGCAGUGGUCAUUCAGUUAAUGACAUGUAACUUGUGAAUCAGCUAUUUCCAUUUUUCAAGUAGUUGCAGUAAUCUUGGUUCUCAUUCCAGACGGUUUGUAAAUAGUUUUUUGGGUUUUUUUAAAAUAAAAGUUCUGCAAAGAUUGUGUCCUUCACAAAUUUUAUGAAUUAUCACUCAUUCUCUGCAGACUUUGGUGAAGAA